UAUGUAAAAUAGUAUUGGAACCUCUCUUGCUUACCAACACAGCUGAGAGGAGAAGGAAGGGCUGCUAACUUCACAUUAACUCAUUUUUACGCCUUCCCACAGCCCCCUUGCCCCAUUUCUGCCCCUGCCUCCCAUCCUGCACUCCAGAGAUGGAGGAGCCGGUGAUUUUAAUAGUGAAGGCAGCUAAUCAAACAACAGCAGACCAGCGCGUGGAGUGCGAGGCGCGAUGGUCUGUGGCGACGCUGAAGGCCCACCUCACUAGGACUCACCCGGCGCAUCCUAAGCCAGAGGAACAAAGGCUAAUAUACUCUGGCCAGCUGCUGUCGGACCACCUCCUGCUGUGCAACAUUUUGAGGCGCCCGGCUGAGGAUAACACCUACACAAUACACCUGGUCUGCUCCCCACCACCCCCACCCCUCCGCCAAGCCCCCCCGACCCCCGCCAGGCCCCCAACGACACCCGCAGAAGCUCCCGAAGGUGCAGGACCGACCAUGGCGACAGGUGAACAGCCUGAAGUGACGGAUGGUGUACGCCGUCGCCACCCCACCACCUCCAACACCCCAACGCUGGAUGCCCCGGGGCCCCCUACCCACGCACCCAGCCCGCCUCUGGCCCCCCAUGCUGCCACGGGGGCCAUCCUACAGCCCAGCGCAGACCCCAUGCACCAAGUGGCAGCCAUGCAGCAAAUGUAUGCCCACUACAUGGCUUAUGUCCAAUACAUGCAGAUGGGGGGCGGCAUGGGGGGUCUGCCGUGGCCCCAACAAAUGAUCCAGAUUCCACCGCCCCCAAACCCUGCCACUGCCACCACCGCUGCUGCCACGGCCCCCCCAGAGUCCCCCGAGCAGCCCCAGCCAGACCCCACCCAGCCUGCUGAUCCUCCACCCCAGGCUCCACCCCCCCAGCCCAUCAGGAUGAAUGCACAAGGCGGGGAGGUGGAGGAGGACGAGGAGGAGGAGGGGGCAGCACGUGACUGGCUUGACUGGGUUUACGUCCUGUCAAGAAUGGCUGUCCUACUUUCCAUUGUCUACUUCUACUCUACUCUCUCAAGAUUCAUGGUUGUGGUAUUCAUCACAAUGCUUCUCUACCUAUAUCAAGCUGGGUGGUUCCGACCUGCAAGAAGGGUAGACGGUCUGCCCCCUCAACCGAACCCUCCAAACAACAACAAUAACAACAACAACAACAACAACAACGCCGCCCACACACAGGAGGAGGAGGAGGAGGAGGAUGAGGAGGAGGAGGAAGAGGAGGAGGAGGAAGAGGAGGAGGAGGUGGAGAUGCCGAGAAGAGAGACAGUGAUAGGAAGUGAUGGGGUAACAAUGAUGGUGCGUCCUUCUCUUCUCUCUCUCUCCUGGACCUUCAUCACUUCAUUUUUUACUUCCCUCAUUCCGGAACAGCCACAGGGAGUGUAAGAGAGAGAGAGAGAGAGAGAGAGAGAGAGAGAGAGAGAGAGAGAGAGAGAGAGAGAUUGUGUAUUUGUAUGUGUGUGAGAGAGAUGGAGACUUGUUGGUGGAGAAAAUAAGAAUAAAUAGAGGAAUUGAAUGAAAGUUGGAGUGAAUGGAAAGCAAUAAUGAAUGUGUGUGUGUGUGUGUGUGUGUGUGUGUGUGUGUGUGUGUGUGUGUGUGUGUGAAGAUUUUUGCAAUUAUGUUAUUUUUUACUUUCAUUAGAGAGAGAGAGAGAGAGAGAGAGAGAGAGAGAGAGAGAGAGAGAGAGGCUUAAUAUUGUAUGAAAUGAGAUAGAUAUAUUAAAAAAGGUAAGGAAAUAAAGUUAGAAAUAUCUUUAAGAUGUUGCCAUGUGUGUGUGUGUGUGUGUGUGUGUGUGUGUGUGUGUGUGUGUGUGUGUGUGUGUGUGUGUGUACAUAUGUAUGUAUUGGGGUCAGUAAUAGUUAUAUACAUUAAAAGAAUAUGAAUUUAUGUAAUUAUAGAUGUGGAAGAGAAAUUAUUAUUAUUAUUACUACUACUACUACUACUACUACUACUACUACUACUACUACUACUACUACUACUACUACUACUACUACUACUACUCUACUAUUUACUGUUUGUUUGUUUGUACGUUUGACAGUUCGCUCGUAUCUGUAUUGUGAAUGAAUUAUAUAGUUGUUUUGUUUGUAUUUAUAUUUGUGUAUGUACCUAAUUACUGUGUGUGUGUGUGUGUGUGUGUGUGUGUGUGUGUAUAGAUGAGAGAGAGAGAGAGAGAGAGUGUGGUUUAUAUCGUGUUACAUAAAUUUUUUGCUACUAUUACUACUACUACUACUACUACUACUUCUUGUUCGUGUUCUUCUUCUACUACUACUACUACUACUACUACUACUACUACUACUACUACUACUACUACUACUACUACUGUGUUUGGAUGCAUUUGAACAUGGAGAAAUGAAGAAAAAUAAAUAAAUAUUUGGUUUGCGAAGAAAAUAAUCCACUUGUUUUUGUAUGGAGGUAAAUUAUUAUUGUUAUUAUUAUUAUUAUUAUUAUUAUUAUUAUUAUUAUUAUUAUUAUAGUGUACCACCAAAUGAAGAAUAAAGAAAAUGUACACAAA